ACCACUGUGACCUGGCUACAAAUAUGCUUUAUCGUUUAUGAAUGUGUGCGUUUAUUAUUAUUAUGAUAAGAAUGGCUGCCACAGUGGACGCAUCUGUCAAACCGUCUAUACCACCUAAACCCACUCCAAAACCUGGCAGGGUGAAAGUAGUGAGAGCCCUGUACAAGUACACAGCCCAGCAUGCAGAUGAGCUGUCCUUCGAAGAAGGUGAACUUCUUUAUGUAUAUGACCAAGAUCAGGACCCUAACUGGUGGAAGGCUCGUUGUGGUAAUAGACAAGGACUCAUACCUGCCAAUUUUGUUGAAGAACAGAUGCAAGAAGUGGAAUUACCGUUACACGAAGCUGCAAGACGUGGAAACUUAUCCUUUUUGAAGGAAUGUCUGAAUGGAGGUGUUUCAGGAACAGGAUUAGAUUCAGCUGGAAAUACACCAUUGUAUUGGGCUGCACGUGCUGGUCACGUUGACUGUGUAAAAGAACUCUUACAGGUGUCAAAUCCAGCAAUCAAUGCACAGAACAGAAUGGGUGAUACACCGCUGCAUGCUGCUGCUAAUCAUGGACACUUUGAAGUGACCAGCUUAUUAUUGGAGGCUGGAACUGAUGUGACUCUUAGGAACAAUGACGGAUUACUACCAGAAGAUCUAGCCUCUGAUACUUCGAUUAAGAAUGCUAUACAAAUGAGUCAAAGAGAACAGGCCAUGACUUACGGAUAUAGAGAUGAGGAUUAUGAGGAUGAAAGUGAUUGAAUAUAUUGUUUUAAUAGAGAUGUUGAGAUAUUGAGAUAUUAUUCCAGAGAGACAUGUUCAAUUUCCUACAGUUGUAUAUAUCUGAAAGUAUAGAGAUCUCAGAAUUAUAUAUUGCUUCAUGCAGACUCAAUUAAAAUAUAUUAAACGAUGUCUUCUUUUAAUAAAGAUCUCAUAAGUACGAAGAAUCAGGGUAUUAUGAUAAAGGAUCGAUGUAGCACGGUUUUAAGUAUUACCUAUAUUUUAAUACGAAAAAUCAGUGCAUAUAUGUAGUGUAAUCUAAGAAAUUUUAUACAUUUAAUUUUCAUCGAUACAGUAUUCUCCAAGGUGUUUUAUAAUUAGAAUGUGUUAAAUAAAUACUAUUAU